AUGCAGAGGCGAUUCCGGCAAGUCUUCACCGCUCUAAGAGAGCACACCUCCGUGAGCUACGCAAAGAUCGCCACGGUUGGAGGGUUCUGCAACGUGGAACUCAUCAUCAUAAAAGCAACCGCUCCGGAUGACUUGCCUUUGCCGGAAAAGUACAUUCAAGAGCUCUUGAAAAUCUUCUCCAUCUCUCCAACCACUUUGAGAGAAUUCUCACUCAGCUUCUCUCGCCGCUUCAGCAAGACUCGAUGCUGGAGAGUUGCACUCAAGUGCUUGAUCCUCCUCCACCGUCUCCUCCGUGCAGUCCCCGACGACAGUUUGUUUCGGAGUGAGCUCCUUUGGAUACGUUCCAUUGGCUUGAUGUCUCUCAACAACUGUCGCUUUCGCGAUGAUUCCUCCUCUGCUUCAGCAGACUACACAGCGUUUAUCAGAUCCUAUGCUCAGCUCCUCGACGAAGCUCUUCAUUGCUUUUUCUUGGACAACACGGCACCCCAAGAAUUACCACAACUACAAUAUCAAGAGGAAGGAGAAGAUGAACAAGAGGAAGAAGAAGAUGAUGAACCAAAGUUUCAGAGCUUAUCAGCAAAAAUGGAAGAAAUGAGUCGAAUGCUUGAAAUGUUGCCGCAGCUACAAAGCCUGAUUGAUCGAGUCAUGGACUGCCGGCCCACAGGGCCGGCAGCUAGAAGCUAUUUGGUCCAAGUAGCCAUGAAACUUCUAAUUCGAGACAGCUUUGUGUGUUACACAAUCUUUAGGAGGGAAAUUGUUAUGGUUCUUGAUAGCCUAUUUCAGAUGCCUUAUCGGAAUUGCAUAACGGCUUUUGGGAUUUACAAGAAGGCAGCAGUGCAAGCAAAUGAGCUCGGUGAAUUCUACGACUGGUGUAAGGCGAUGGGAUUGUGUGGUGCAUACGAGUAUCCAUUUAUUGAUAGAAUCCCACAUAUUCAGAUCCAUGCUCUUGAGAACUUCCUCCAUGGGAUGUGGCAGUUGACAGAUCAGUCCUCUUCCACUCCGACCUCAUCGCCAUCCUCUUCUUUAGUGGAGAGCUCUAGUGAAACCCCAACGGAGGACGACUGCAGCAUUCUUGUUAGUACAAAAUGGGAGAAGCCAUUGAUUCAGUUCGGUAAGGAUAACGUGGACGUGAAGCCCUUAAUUCGUUUUCGGAAAGAGGAAGAAGAGAAGAUGUUGAUUCAGUUUGAAGAGGUGGAGGAGAGCUGGGAGAGCAUUCUUGAAGCUUCCAUCAAUGUCUCGCCUUCUCAUCAUCAACAAAACAACAUGUUGUGCUUGUACGAUCCGAACGUCGUUAACCCUUUCUACCAGUCGAGCAUGAUGAGGCAAAAUUACCAUGGUUUUGUUACCACCAACAACGCCAUUCCUUCCUUAAUCUAG